GCAUCAUUAUUGCAAGGGGGUCGUCUUAGUCCACCCUCGCUGCACACCUACCUAUUAUAUAAUCAAUGAUAAAAGAGCACAUCGCAUGCGCUCGCAUGACACUUUAAGAGGAAAAUAUAAAUACCAAGCGUGUCAACCUAGAAAACUUUAUAUAAAUGUUUACACUUCGGAAAACAACCGAUCGGAUGAGUUUUUAAUUCGUAAGUGAGUGUCAAGAUGAAAGGCUUUUUGCUACUGCUCGCGUCUGGACUUCUUCUGCACGAGGGGGCCGCUCUCAAGUGCUACAAUUGCCAAUCAACAGAUACUAAUGACUGCACAGAUUUGCCAAAAGUUCAGAUCGUUGACUGUGAUCCGACGAGAGACGCACUUUCUCCCGUUUGCAUUCGGAGGGUUUUGCAGACGAGCAGAAAUAAAGAUGAAGGAGAGGGCCUCGUUCCUUCACAAGACAAAAUGCCAUGGUUCCAGUUUGUUUAAGAUAAAACUUAUACGUGGGACUUAGAAGAAAGUAAUUGUUCCUAGGAUUUUGGAUUUAGUUUCAUGUCGGUUUGAGUUCAAUUCCACUACUACUACGCUGGGGUUCAUCCCAACCUUCAACCGUGUUCCAUUUCUUUGUCAGUCUUGGAAAUAAAUAUAAAAUAAAAUAUUUGAGGCUUUUAUAUCCAUCUUGAAAUGAACCCUGUGUAAAGCGGGCCUAGAAAAGCGGCAGAGCGGUGUUACCCUACGGGGUAAUUGGAUUUGACCCAUUUUCAAUAGGUUUGCUACAUAUGGCAUAUAGGUCAACUGUGCAAAGUUUGAACUGAAUCGGUCCUAGCGUUUGCCAGUUAUCGUGAUCACAGAUAAACAAACAGACACCAUCGACUCCUCUAAUACGCUUG